AUGCCUGAAGCAGUCUCUCACCACAACAUUGUCGAGAACGUCGUUGGCGAAUCUCGUCACGUCAACCGUGCCGCUCCCGGUGUUCCAUACUUUACCCCUCUUCAAUCUCCUCCCGCUGGUGCAGCUUUCGUUCGUGAAGAUGGCAAAACAGUGCCUAAGCUGUUCCAGCCUCUGAAGCUCCGUGGCCUGACUCUUCCUAACCGCAUCUUCUUGUCUCCUCUCUGCCAGUACUCAGCAGAGGACGGCCAUUACACAAAAUGGCACAUGGCUCAUAUCGGCGGGAUUGUUUCGCGCGGUCCAGGAAUGACCAUCAUCGAAGCCACGGCCGUCACUCCUGAAGGUAGAAUCACCCCCGAGGAUGUCGGUCUUUGGAAGGACAGCCAAAUGGCUCCUUUGAAGGAAGUUGUCGACUUUGCCCACAGUCAGAACCAACUCAUCGCCAUCCAACUCGCACACGCAGGUCGUAAGGCGAGCUGUGUGGCUCCCUGGUUGAGCGCAGCUGCUGUUGCACCAAAGGAGCAGAACGGAUGGCCAGACAAUGUCCUUGCACCUUCUGCUAUCCCCUGGAACGAGCACCACGCAAACCCUCGUGCUAUGACCCUUGAGGACAUUGAAAGUUUCAAGAAGUCUUAUGCCGAUGCAGUCCGUCGUGCUCUGAAGGUCGGCUUUGACGCGAUCGAGAUCCACGCUGCGCAUGGCUACCUGCUAUGCUCGUUCUUGUCGCCCACUUCGAACCAGCGUACUGACAAGUAUGGUGGAAGCUUCGAGAACAGAACUAGAUUGCUUCUCGAGACUGUCGACCUCGUUAGAGAAAUCAUCCCCGAGACCAUGCCCCUCUUUGUCAGAGUCAGCGGAACCGAAUGGCUUGAGGAGGUCGCAGAGAUCAAGGAGAGCUGGACUUCGGAGCAGACCGUUGAGCUUGGAAAGAUCCUUGCUGAGCGUGGCGUUGACUUGAUGGAUAUCAGCUCUGGUGGUAACCACCCCAAGCAGCACCCUCACGCAGCUCCUGGAUACCAAGCACCUCUCAGUAAGGCAGUCAAGAAGGCAGUCGGUGACAAGAUGGCUGUCAGCGCUGUCGGUAGCAUUCACACUGGCAAGUUGGCAAACGAGCUUCUCGAGGAAGGUCUUGACGUUAUCAUGGUCGGCCGUCUCUUCCAGAAGAACCCUGGUGUCGUCUUCACAUUUGCUGAAGAACUCGGCGUUGAAGUCAACAUGCCAAACCAGAUCAGAUGGGGAUGGUCAAAGAGAGGUGCCUCUCAACUCAAGACCCUGCUGGAUGCCAACCUUUAA